UAAAAUACGGUAUUCACAUCACCGGUUUCUCUCUCCCUCUCUCGAUCUCGAUCUCGAUCGAUUCCUCUCCUCUUCGUAAUCUCUGUGGAUCAAAAGACCAUGUCGGGAAGAAAAAUCACGCUGAAGAGCUCCGAUGGCGAGACCUUUGAGGUCGAUGAAGCCGUCGCUUUGGAGUCGCAAACCAUCAAGCACAUGAUCGAAGACGACUGCGCCGACAAUGGAAUCCCUCUCCCUAACGUCACCAGCAAGAUCCUCUCGAAGGUCAUCGAAUACUGCAAGAAGCACGUCGACGCCGCCGCUAAGUCCGAAGCCGCCGCCGCCGCCGAAGAAGACGUUAUGAAGAACUGGGACGCCGAGUUCGUCAAAGUGGACCAGGCUACCCUCUUCGAUCUCAUCUUGGCUGCCAACUAUCUGAACAUCAAGGGCCUUCUGGACUUGACCUGCCAGACCGUAGCCGAUAUGAUCAAGGGUAAAACUCCAGAGGAGAUCCGCAAAACCUUCAACAUCAAGAACGACUUCACCCCGGAGGAAGAGGAGGAGGUGCGCCGUGAGAACCAAUGGGCCUUUGAGUAAAGGUGAAAGACCAACCGAGAAAACCGAAAGAAAAAAACGGGGUGUGCCCGAUUGUCUAUCUCCGCCAUAUUAGUAAUCUACAAGACUUCACCCUCAGUAGUACAAUCUCUGUGUUUGUUCGUCGCACAUUGUUUCUGUUUACGUCUGUUGUGUUGAUUCUCUCUCCCUCUCCUUCUCCCUCUCCCUCACUCGCAACCUGUCACGGGUUGUGAGAUGCUGCGUCGGAUGUUAUGCUAUGAAUGUUGAAUGACUUGUUUUCCAUUUCGAUAACCAUCUUUCGUAAUAACCAUUAUGAAUGUAUUAAAAAGUUGUCCUUUUAUUGA